AACUUUUUUCCACUAUAAAUAGAGUAUACAUCUUCAAUGCAAAAUCAUCCUCAAGUUUUAAAUAAUUAAUUUCUCUUCGAAAAAAAAAAAUUGAAGCCAUGUCUGCUACUGCUGGUAAAGUCAUCAGGUGCAGAGCUGCUGUGGCAUGGGAACCAGAGAAGCCAUUGUCGAUAGAGACCAUAGAAGUGGCACCACCUGGGAAAGGAGAAGUUCGUUUGAAAAUCCUCUUCAACUCCCUUUGCCGUACUGAUGUUUACUGGUGGGAUGUUAAGGGUCAGAAUCCGCUGUUUCCUCGUAUUUUAGGUCAUGAAGCUUCAGGGAUUGUGGAGAGCGUGGGUGAGGGUGUGACCGAUCUGAAACCAGGAGAUCAUGCACUGCCAAUAUUCACUGGAGAGUGUGGGGAAUGCAAAUAUUGCAAAUCGGAAGAGAGCAACCUGUGUGAGCUGCUAAGGAUCAACAGUGACAGAGGAGUUAUGCUGAGUGAUGGCAAAACAAGGUUCUCCAAAAAUGGACAACCCAUUUACCACUUUCUGGGAACCUCCACAUUCAGUGAAUACACUGUUCUUCAUGCUGGCUGUGUUGCCAAGAUCAACCCUGCUGCCCCACUUGACAAAGUUUGUGUUGUCAGUUGCGGAUUUUGCACAGGUUUUGGUGCUACUGUAAAUGUUGCAAAACCAAAGCCUAAUGAUACUGUUGCUGUCUUUGGUUUGGGAGCUGUUGGUCUUUCUGCCUGUGAAGGAGCAAGGGUUUCUGGUGCAUCGAGAAUCAUUGGGGUUGAUUUACUUUCCAGUCGAUUUGAACAAGCCAAAAAAUUUGGGGUCACUGACUUUGUGAACCCCAAAGAACACAACAAACCAGUUCAACAGGUGAUUGCUGAAAUGACUGGUGGAGGAGUAGAUCGUGCUGUUGAAUGCACUGGAAGCAUCCAAGCUUCGAUCUCAGCAUUUGAAUGCACUCAUGAUGGUUGGGGUGUUGCUGUACUUGUUAGUGUUCCACACAAGGAUGCUGAAUUCAAAACUCAUCCCAUGAAGUUCAUGGAAGGAAGAACUCUGAAGGGUACCUUCUAUGGCCACUUCAAACCCCGCACUGAUAUUCCUGGUGUCGUGGAGAAGUACCUGAACAAGGAGCUGGAACUGGAGAAACUUAUCACUCACAGCGUGCCAUUCUCAGAGAUCAACACGGCAUUUGACCUUAUGCUGAAAGGAGAGGGAAUAAGGUGUCUGAUCCGCAUGGAAGAGUGAAUGAGUUAUGUUCUCUGGUGUGAGAACAGUGUUUGUCUGUGAUGUGAAAAAAGAGAGUUGAAGAAUAAAUUUAGCACGUAAUUCUGUUCUUGAAUCUGUGCUAUGUGAGUGUGUAAAGUGGUAAUUGGAGGUGAUGACUUUCUUGGUCAUCGUCCUGCCUCUGUUACUUCUUAUGCGAAUGGUGUGUCUUGUAACUUUGUUCUGUUUUCUAUUAUAUAUUUAUAUCUAUAUUUUCACUCUUCUUUUA